AUGCGCACGCACCACCACCAAUACUCCCUCGGCUUCCUGCUACUGUGCACCCUCGUCGCUUUACGUGCGCCGGUAGCGCACCUCCCUAACCUGCGCACCCUUCCUCCUCUCCUUAGGCCCAGGCCCACUCAGAUCUCCUCGCCUCCUCCUCCCAAUCUCACCACCAUGUCCAAGGCUCGCGUCUACGCCGACAUCAACGUCCUCCGCCCCAAGGAGUACUGGGACUACGAGUCCCUCACCGUCCAAUGGGGUGAUCAGGAUGAUUAUGAGGUCGUGAGGAAAGUAGGGAGAGGGAAAUACAGCGAGGUUUUCGAAGGGAUCAAUGUCAACACCAACGAGCGCUGCAUAAUCAAAAUCCUCAAGCCUGUGAAGAAGAAGAAGAUUAAGAGGGAGAUUAAGAUUCUGCAGAACUUGUGUGGGGGACCGAAUGUGGUCAAGCUUCUUGAUAUUGUGAGGGAUCAGCACUCGAAAACUCCCAGUCUGAUUUUCGAGUAUGUUAAUAGUACAGAUUUCAAGGUUCUGUACCCUACGCUCACUGAUUAUGACAUUCGCUACUACAUAUAUGAGCUUCUGAAGGCAUUGGACUACUGCCAUUCACAAGGAAUAAUGCAUAGAGAUGUUAAGCCUCACAAUGUUAUGAUAGACCAUGAGUUGCGAAAACUUCGCUUGAUAGACUGGGGUCUCGCCGAAUUUUACCAUCCUGGCAAGGAGUACAAUGUCCGUGUGGCAUCAAGAUACUUUAAAGGUCCUGAACUUCUAGUUGAUCUGCAAGAUUACGACUAUUCCUUGGACAUGUGGAGCCUUGGUUGUAUGUUUGCUGGAAUGAUAUUUCGCAAGGAGCCUUUCUUUUAUGGUCAUGACAACCAUGAUCAGCUGGUCAAAAUUGCCAAGGUACUUGGGACUGAUGAGUUGAAUGCAUAUCUGAACAAAUAUCAUUUAGAGCUUGAUCCUCAACUGGAUGCACUGGUCGGGAGGCACAGCAGGAAGCCAUGGUCAAAGUUUAUUAAUGCAGACAAUCAGCAUCUAGUUUCUCCAGAGGCCAUUGAUUUUCUGGAUAAACUCCUCCGGUAUGAUCAUCAAGACAGGCUAACUGCGAAAGAAGCCAUGGGCCAUCCAUAUUUCUCCCAAGUGAGGGCAGCCGAAAGCAGCAGGAUGCGGACACAAUAACUUUGAUAAUACUUCAUCCCAUGUACGGACUAGAGUCCAUGUUACUUGGGAGUGUAUUGUAUAAUUGAUAAUGACUGGUUGCAUUUAUGAAUUGUUGGCAAUUAAGUUAUUGGGAUUGUUGAAUGGGAUUCUACUGUAUGAUCUUCCGGUUACUGGCUUUGUUUCAUAGAUAAUUAAAUUAAGUAUUUGAAGCUUGUUUUCCCUCUAUAAAUUGUUGUUGAUGUG